AUGUCUCUGGACUCCGCAGAGGAUUACAGCCGCUCUGAUGGAGGGAACGACGACAGAGAGAGAAACUGUCCGAUUGAGGGACAGCUGAGAGACGUCCCGUUCGACCCAAUUGUUUUCAACCAAGUGUUGGUGAACCAGGGCUCCGCCUACGACAACGACACCGGGGUGUUCACCGCGCCGCUCGCCGGCGUCUACCAGUUUGUUUUUGCCGCCCAGCUCUGCCGCGGCAAUCACAACAACAGGUGGUACUUCAUGGUCAACAGAGACAUGAGGAUGCUCUGCCACGCUCAGAUGACUGCUGGUGAAACAACCCUCAACACCUGCUACUUCAUGGAGGAGCUGAAGAAAGGUGACCAGGUGUGGGUGAAGCAAAAUGCCGAGAGCUGCUCAUGGGCCAGCACCACCUCCAAAACGAUCACCUUCUCCGGCAUCCUGCUGGCGAGUGAGAGCGUGUCCUUGGUGGGAGGGAAGUACGGCAGCUCCUGUCCGCUGCCCAGCAGGAACGUGGUGUCCAGGUCUGCAGGCCGGAGAGUCGCUCUGUCCGGUGUGGUCGUCGCCCUGCAGCUCAGCCGCUUCCUCUGGGAUUAAUCAAGGCAGCGAUACCUCUCUUAGGUGUAUAUGCUUCUCAUUAUGUUUUAUUUAAUAUUUUUAAAGGUUGAAGUGUGACUUGCCACAGUUUUUCUUCCUUCUUUUUAAAU